AAAGAGGAGAGAUAAAUAGUGCAGAAAGUUCAGCUAAAGAACAGACUUUAGAAUCAUGAGAAAGAAUGACCAAUGAACACGCUAAAGGAAAAAAGAAGUCUGAUGAUUGGUUGUCGCCAAAUAAUGCGAUUUCACACACAGUCACCUGGUGGUGAUCGCGCGAAGCAUCUGAAUUUAAAUUCUUUAACGGCUGACUUCUGCCGUGUGGCGUUUACAAACAGUAAAUGAACGCGAAAUAAAACGCGCUAUCGUUGAUCGUGAGAUCAUACUAGUCGUGUAUCGUAUUGUGUCAGCGAGAAAUAAUUACACGAGAAGCUAUUCAAGAUGAAUGAAAUACGCAAUUCGAAGAAGGAUAAAAAUCAGCAUAUACAGGUUUUCGUACGCGUCAGACCAAUAAACAAUAAUGAGAAAAUUGGAAGAUCUAUUUCUGUAUUAGAAUUACCAUCUAAUAAAGAAGUAGUGGUACAUGAAAGACAACAAGGCAAUCAUUCAAAAAAAUUUACAUUUGACAAAGUAUUUGGACCAUCUUCAAAACAGGUAGAUGUAUAUAAUGCAGUUGUCAACCCGUUGCUCGAGGAAGUAUUAGCUGGAUAUAACUGUACAGUUUUUGCUUAUGGCCAAACUGGUACUGGUAAAACAUUUACUAUGGAAGGUAACAGCACUGAUCCAACAUUGCAUUGGCAAAGUGAUACUACAGCAGGAAUUAUACCUCGUGCAUUGAGUCAUCUGUUUGAUGAGUUACGUUUAUUGGAAGUACAAGAAUACACAGUACGAGUUAGCUUUCUUGAAUUGUAUAAUGAAGAAUUAUUUGACUUGCUAUCGCCAAAUGAUGACGCAUCUAAAAUAAGACUUUAUGAAGAUUCUACAAGAAAAGGUUCAGUAAUCAUUCAUGGAUUAGAAGAGGUAACUGUACACAAUAAAAAUGAAGUUUACAAGAUUCUAGAAAAGGGAUCGGAGAGAAGACAAACAGCUGCAACUUUAAUGAAUGCUCAUUCAAGCCGUUCCCAUACAGUAUUUUCAAUUACUGUCCAUAUAAAAGAGAAUAAUGUGGAUGGAGAAGAACUUCUAAAAACUGGGAAAUUAAACUUGGUAGAUUUAGCCGGAAGUGAAAAUGUUGGAAGAUCUGGUGCGGUUGAUAGGAGAGCAAGAGAAGCAGGAAAUAUAAAUCAAUCAUUAUUGACUCUUGGUAGAGUUAUAACAGCACUUGUUGAAAGAGCACCUCACAUACCAUAUCGGGAAUCAAAAUUAACAAGACUUCUGCAAGAAUCAUUAGGUGGACGUACAAAAACUUCAAUUAUCGCAACAGUGUCUUCAGCAAGCAUAAAUCUUGAAGAAACCUUAUCGACAUUAGAUUAUGCUCAUCGCGCCAAAAAUAUCACAAAUCGCCCUGAAAUCAAUCAAAAAUUAUCUAAAAAAGCAUUACUUAAAGAAUAUACAGAAGAAAUCGAGAGACUAAGAAGAGAUUUGUUAGCAUCGCGUGAACGAAAUGGCGUAUAUUUGGCACAAGAGAAUUAUAAUGAAAUGCAAGCAUUAAUUGAAAAUCAGACUAAGGAAAUUGAAGAAAAAAUAACUCACAUUAAAGUGCUUAAAGAAACUAUGGAAGCUAAAGAACAAAUAUUCAACGACUUACAAGCAAAGCAUGUUGAGCAAACUAACCAUCUUCAUGAAACCAAGGAACAAUUAGAAACUACAUCGCAUGUUUUGAAAUCGACUACAGUACUUUUAGAAAUGACAGAACGUGAGAAGGAGGAGCAAUGUUAUUUAGUAGAAAAACAUGCAUCUACAGAAAAACAACUUUUAUCACAAGCACAAAAGCUCUUAGAUGUAGCUGAUGCAGCAACGUUUGAUGUAAAUAAACUUCAAGAUAAAAUUUCUUUGAAGAGGCAAUUAGAACAGGAAAACGAACACAUUAGUCAUCAGUUCCGAAGUAAUAUUGCAAAACAGUUUCAAGAUGUGGAAAAUGAUAUUACAGUUCAUACACAGAAAUUUAUGGGGUUUUGUACUUUGAUGAAAAAUAAUGUCGAAUCACAAAUGGAGUUAUUCAAAAAGGAUAUUGAUUCAAUAAUUUGCCAUAUUUCAAAUGAUAUUGUUAAUAAAGAAAAGACAGCAAUAGAAGAAUUUACAAGAAAUAUAAACGAUUCGUAUAAAUACUAUUACCAGUGGCUAGAUGCAGAAAUAGAACGUUCAUCUGACACGACUCAAAAUGAACACACAUUUUUGAAUGACUUGUCUUUAAAAUUGGCAUCGAAAAUUAAUAAUUUGAUAGAAGUUAAUAAUACAGAAAUUGUAAAGAAUUUACAGCAUUUAAAUAACAAUAUAUCUCAGAAGUUUGAUCAAUUAUUGACAUAUACAAAUGAAUCGAUAAAACAACUUUGUGACUAUAGAUUGCAAGAACGGGAUAAUUUAUAUAAAAAUAUAGAUGAUAUAAAACAAAAUAUACAAAGAAAAGUACAAGAUAAAGUUAUACGACGCAAGAAACAGUCAUUUGAACAUUUAUGGCAACAAUUUAAUAAGUUAAAUGAAAACGUAACCGAAAAUUAUUCCACUACAUGCGCCACAUUAAAUCACGUUAAUGAGGUUUGCGAAAGUACGACUAAUGAUAUUUUCAAUAAUUAUCACAAGGCUAUUGACAGAACUGAGAUACUGCAACAAAAAAUUCAAAGCGAUGUAGAUAUGCUGAAGAAUGAUAUUGGAUCUAACAUGAAACAGAACUGGACAUUAUCAGAACAGAUUGCAACACACAGCCGUAGUUUGACUGAUGAAUUUCAAACUGACUUGAAUAAUCAUUGCGACGUACUAAUGCAUAACAAAUUACAUGUCGAAGAAAACAUAAAACAGAUGGAACAAAAAUUCAAAGAAGAUAAUUCUUCUUCUCUUGAAUCUGUUAAAAAUAUCUAUAACGUCUUAAUACAAGGAAGUCAUGAUCACAGAAAGCUUGCGGAAGAAUUAAGAAAGAAAAGUCUCCAAAUAUCCACAGAACUAAAUGAUAAACUUAUAGAUGAAAGUAAAAAUUUAUCUACCUGGAAUGACGAGACAAUUAUGGAAGUACAUUUGAUACAAGAAAGAAUUGGAAAAUUCUUUGAUGAUUUACGGCGUGAUAUGCCAACGGGUUCAACACCGGCAAGAAAAGAAUAUCAAUAUCCACGGCAUUUCGUUGUAACUUCGCCACAUGAACGAAUCAUUCAGAGAUUUAGAGAAGCAAAAAAUUAUCUGGACAAUUCUGACAAUGAAGAAACAACAUUGGUCAAUAAUAAUUCGCCAAAAAAGAAAUGUCCAAACGCAAAUUAAAUCCUUUGACGGCUAAUCAGUUGUAUUUUAGACUUAUAAGAACUAAUUAUUUUUAUAUAUAUUAGGUUUAUUAUCAGAUAAGAAUAUUUUGAUAUGAUACAAUGUAAUUAAUGAUAUAAAUAAAUAAUCGACAGAAAAUGUUUCUACUUUACAAAUGUCAAAUGUGGAGAUAUGCAGGAAUUCACAUUGAAUUUAAAACUGAUCUUUUUAACUGGAUUAAAAUAAUAAAUCGGAAAUUGCAAAUUA